GAUUGGGUCGCAUCGACCAUCUUGUCCAGUUCCGAGUAUUGUGCUGUGCUCUGUACAUACCAUCCCAUACCAAGCUGUGAAACUGUUAAACCUGCCCAACACCAUAAGAUAGACACCAGCCAGUCCGUCUUUCGCCAGCACAUCUCUUCAAUAUCGAUUCCAAGUAUGACUUCAUCGACUUGUUGAGGCAUCUCAUCGAACACGGCGCCUCAGCUUGCUUCGCAGGUUCGAUAGAACGCAUUGAGGCCUUUGUAUAACUUCAUGAGACCGCGAUAACCACAACAGUACAAUAAUGGCUGGAACGGAAGUCGCGGAUAAGCUGAAUCGGCAAGAGACGAACACAAGCACGAAUCCGGUACUCUAUCUGGACGAAGCGCAGGAAAUAUCUCCGAUUACUUCACCAGAGUCGGCCGAAUCUGGCGAGGAGGGUGAAGGCACGCCGACUGGGAGUGAACCCAAGACAGCAAAGCGGCGGCUCUUUGGCUUUGGCAAGAAGAGGAAGGAUGUAGCCUCGAACGAGUCAGAUGCACCGAGAUCUACUCCUGCGAAUCUCACUUUCGUCUCCACUACGCAUCCGUACAUUUUGCAGUCACCACCAAACCGAAAUCUACAUUCGCCGUCCUCUAGAGUUGUUUCGCCGGCCGGAUCUCAAAUCUUCGAACGCGAUGUACAAGAGGCUGCCUCACAAGUGCCUAACUCGCCAGCAAUUCCCGCCCAUAUACAGACCGAAGAUCGCAUUCCUGCAGUGCUAGAUGCCUCCUCGGAAGCCAUUACAGACAGUGCGCUUGACCCAGACACGGUUGAAAUCGUAAUGCACUCGUCACACCAGCCAGCGGCAAAGAAUGUAACAGGGAUUGGUGGCAGCGAAGCUGCUGGCACGAACUGGUCAGAAGACUUGCUAGCACACCCUGACAAGGACGAUGCCGCAUCGAAUUACGGUGCGCUGGAUAGCGCAGAUGUGAGGCGCCUGAGCUUCAUCUCCUUUGCAGACGUUGUGCAAUCAGAGCAAACCGAACACAUGAACAACAGGGACCCGAUACAUAUUGCAGGCCUUACCACGUUAUCUUCCGGGCAUCGCUCGCCCUCGCCAAUUAGAUCCACGGUAUCUUCACAGGGGGUGGGAACUUCACCGCCAACCAGCAAGUCAGCAUCUAUCAAGGGCCUUGACCUAUCACCCACCCGCGCCGGGAAGCCGCUGGCGAGUCCUACCUUGAGCUUCCCUUCACCAACAACAGGCUCGGAUCUGAGGAUUGAAUCCAUGAGCCAGGCGUUGAAGAAGACGGCGAGCGGCGAUUUGACUGGCACACGUAGCCAGCCCAGGAGCCCUAUUGGUAGUAUUGAGACGCGGUUUCCAUAGCUUCCUUUGCAUACUUUUUGAGAGAGACACAUUGGGAGUUUUUGGAUAUUAUGCUUCGGAUUGGCGAGCCGUAUUUGACAAUGGUAGGACGGUUUGUUGCUUAUAGCUGACUUUUUUUUUGACCCUGCGGAGAUAUACCUGGGUGGCACUUGGACACUUGAUGCAUUGAGGGACAUGGAGUCUGGCAAGUUCGUUUCUGGCAAAUGAAUGAUUAUGAUUGUCUGGCACAACACACAGCAGCCUUGUGGGGCAGCGGUGACACGCGAAAUGGUAAUUGGACUAACUUAUCUAUAAUAAAUCUUUUUUGUGAAAUUUCCCCGGUAAAAUUAUAUCAGAUUCCAGUCAGAUCCCUGUCAGAUCCCAGCUUCUUGCUCAUGUCUGGCAGUGGGGCAGUGUAUAUCGAAUGUUUCAAUAAUAAACAAGAUGUGUCUGAUUAGCACAGGGCCUUGCUCAAUUACUGCGCACCCGAUCCUACCUUAUCCCAGACAGUAUGACGAUAAAUAGAUAGAUAUAUGCUCGGUGAGCGCGCUUCUUUGCAUGUGUAAUGUAAUGCA